AUGGACUUCCUCUACCUUCGUCAAGAUGCGCCUCGCGGCCUCAAGAUCGUGCAGACUGCACAAGCCAGCAUCGUCGUCCUCACGGUGAUUGCGACUUUCCUAACUGCCGUCAUCCCUCAGAAGCACAAGACCUUUACCUUCGGUCUUCUCUACUCGCUCAUCUUCACGUCCAUCACAACUACCAUUCUCGUGCGCAAGGAACGCCUCGCUGCCGCCAAGAACCUGCUCACCAAGGACAAAUAUGUCAAGUAUCAGAUGUUCAAGAUCGUCGCAGCAUUCGGCAUGUACUUCAUCGGCUUCAUUCUCUGGAUUGCAUCAAUGCCCAAGAAGCAGGAGUCACUUAGGAAAGGCGAGAGCGGUAUGAUACUCGGUGGUGUCAAGAUCAACAGGUACCAGGGAUGGAUCAUGUGGAUGCACUUCUUCAACUGGGUCUUCCUCUGGUCUAGCUUGUUCUACUCUUGCUGCAUGGCCCCGAAGGAGCAGGGCGCCAUCGCCCUUCCUGGCGACGAGGCAGCCCUCAAUGCCGGCGAUCUCGAUGACGAGGAGUAUGCGCGCCGCCAGCAGGCCGAAGGCCCCAACUGGCAAGGAUAGAGAAUGCGAUCUGAAUACCUGCAGAAGAUCA